AUCCCACCGAAGAAGAACUGCUCAUUGUCGCGCAUGCGUUCCUCGAUGUAUGCCAAGGCACAAAAGUGGCGCUAUAUCGUUUCAACCUCUACUCAGGUACAGGUGGUAGCAGCCUAAAUGAUGGACGGGGAACACCAGGAAGAGAAUCCUUCACAUGAGAAAGAAAAUGCUCUACACAAUGAAGAGAAGACUUCAUGUGAUGUGGAGAAGACUUUAUGUGACAUGGAGAGAGCUUUGUGUGACAUAAAGAAGAGUGCUGAAGAGAGCAUUUCAAGUAAUGACGAGAACAGUUCAGAUGAUGAGGUUGGACAAAGACUGGAUUCAAAAGCCCCAAGUGGCUCAGAGCCUCUUCCAUCUAAUGCAGAGCACCCCUGCGAUAAUGAAUCUGAGCCGUUGCCACAAAAAACCUCCCAAACUAAAAAACCUCAACGCAAGAAAUUCGCACCACGGAAAGGUACAAGGUCAAGCUUACGUUCUAGCACAAAAAUUACAGUCAGCACAUGUAGUAUGACAGAUGAUGGUAAAAGAAAAUGGGACAAAAAACACUUCUGCCUGUAUUGCAAUGAACCACACCACAAAAUUGCAAGACAUUUAGAAAGGAUACACGCAGAAGAAGCAUCUGUCGCUCAUGCUAUGAGCUUCCCCAAACUCUCCAAAAUCAGGUCUCUUUUGCUUGACCAACUCCGUAACAAAGGCAACUAUCAAGUUCUUCAAAGUGGAGAUGGAGAAAUUGUGACUAAGGAUAGACCCUCUUACGAUGGUGUUUCUGUGCGUGACUGCCUGCCCUGCCAACACUGCUUAGCUUUUUUCAACAAAAUAGAUUUAUGGAAGCAUGAGGGCUCAUGUAAAGCCAGAAAAGGACAAGAUGAAAAGAGGGGAGGAAAAAGAGUGCGGGUCCAGGCUGCGUCCUCUCGACUUCUUCCAUUGCCUGUCUACUCUACUGGAGGAUGUGAAGAAAUAAUACACAAUAUGAAUCAAGAUGACAUCUUAUGCCACAUCAAAAAUGAUCCCCUAAUAUGUAAAUAUGGCAAUGCAUUAUCUGCAAAGCAUGGCCAUGCCAAGUCACAGUUUACAUACAUUGGAUCAAAAAUGAGGGAAUUGGCUAGAUUUGUACUUACUGUAAAUGAGAUGGACUGUGGUGUCCAAUAUCUGCAUGAAGUAUGUGUACCAUCCAAAUUCAAAUUGGCCGUUCAUGCUGCCAGGAAAAUGAGUGGUUUUGAUCCUGCCUCCGACAGGUACAAGACCCAAUCUCUUCCUUUAAAGAUUGGCUAUUCCUUGAAAAGAGCUACUGAAAUAGCUUUUGGGGAGAGUCGUAUGACAGAGGACCGUGAUGCAGAGGCACAAGCCAGAAGGUUCAUUGAGCUUCUUGAAAACGAUUGGAAUAACUGUUUUUCCGGUUUGUCCCUCAGCGCUGUCCCUCAGUGUGAUGAAGUUGAUGUGUCUUCACUAACUGAGGAUUUGAUUAAACUUCAGAAGUUUCUCAAGGUUGCAGAGGACACAGCAAAGAGAGAAUUGCUCGAGAGCCCCACCAACGCUGUCUGGAAAAAGCUAAAUGAAACUCUUCUUGCCGAAAUAGCUCUCUUCAACAGAAAAAGGACAGGAGAGGUUGCGAAAAUGCUGUUGGAAACGUACACAAACAGAAAGAAAUCUCCAGCUAGUGCAGACAUUUUCAAUAGCCUCUCAAGGCUGGAACAGGAGCUUGGUGACGACAAACUAACCAGGGUGGAAAUAGAAGGCAAAAAUGGUAGAACAAUGCCGGUCCUACUAACGGCAAGGAUGAUCUCAUCUCUUGAGAUCCUAAUUGCAAACAGAGACAAAGUUGGUGUGUCAAAGGACAACCCUUAUGUCUUUGCACGGAGCCCAGAUGCAGCAAGCUACGUCAGAGGGUCUGACUGUUUGAGAAAAUUUGCGCAUGAGUGUGAUGCAAAGAAUCCUGAAAGUCUGAUCCAUGCUACAGUGAGGAAAGAGGUUGCUAUCCAUUGCCAAAUUCUGAACUUAAAUGAAAGUGAAUUGGAUCAGGUGGCAAAAUUAUUGGGACAUGACACCCAGGUCCACAAAGAGUACUACAGACUGUCUGAAAACGCAGCACAUCUAGCAGAAAUCAGCAAAUUGCUGCUUGCAAUGGAUCAGGUUCCAGUGGUAAUUCCAGGACCAUCAGAGGAAAGGAUUGUUUCACCUACAUAUGGGGCAUAUUCUGCAGGGACAUAUUCAGCGGGAACCGAUUCUGCGAGGGCGUAUCCUACUGGCACAUAUACCACUGGGUCAUCUUAUCCUACAGCGACAUAUUCAGCGAAGUCAUAUACAUUGGGGGCACAGCCUUCAAGGUCAUAUCAUGCUGGGACAUAUCCUGAGAAGUCAUAUCCUUCUGGAUCACAUUCUGCAAGGUCAUAUCAUGCUGGGACAGAUUGUGCAAGGGUGUAUCCUACUGGGAUAAAUCCUGCUAGAUCAUAUUCUGUGACACAUCCUGCAGAGACCUAUCCAGCAGCUUCGUAUGCUGCCGGGACACAUCUUGCAAGUUCGUAUCCUGCAAGUCCUUAUGACCUAUCAUCUCCUGCAAGAUCAUAUACUUCGGGGACAAAUCCUGCAAAAUCAUAUCCUGAAGAGACAUAUCCUAUGGGGACAUAUCGUGCAGGGACACAUCUUGCGGGGUCACAACUUGCAAGGUCAUAUUCUGCCGGAACAUAUCCUGCACAGACACUUCCAGCGCGUACUGUUAUUACGCCAACACUUAAUGCACAGACACUUCCUGUUGGGGCAGUGCCUGCGGUUGCCGUUCCUUUGGGUGCAGUUCCUUUGGGGACAGGUUCUGUGGGGACAGAUAAGGUGGGCACAGUGUGGAAACAGAGGAUGUGGAGUGAUGCAGCUAAGGCUGCAGUGAACCGUCAGAUGGGACACUUUAUCUCAAUGAUGGAGGUUCCAGGUAAACAGGACUGUGAAGUUUGCCUGCACAAUGAACCAGCUCUAAGAGACAGGACAUGGAGGGACAUCAAAAACUAUGUGCACAACACAGUAAAAUCUAUAAAACGAAAGAAUGGCCUUACAAGAGUGGACCCCACAAAACAAACAAAGAAAGGAGCAGCAAAGAAACAAAAAGAGGCAAAGCGUGCUAAGGAAUGGGUUGGUGGAACAAUUACAGUACCUGCACAGGGUCAAGAAGACAGACUUGAGGCAGGUCCUGUGGCAACACCAAGGAAACAGAAGAUAUGGAGUAAUGAGGCUCAGGCUGCGGUCAGGCGGCAGCUAGGAGACUUCACUAAACUGAUGAAGAUUCCAGGUAAAAAGGAAUGUGAUGCAUGUCUUGCAGCUGAACCAGCUCUGCAAGGCAGGACAUGGAAAGAUGUAAAAAACUAUGUGCGUAAUACAUUAAUGACAAUGUGCAGGAGGCAUAUUUCAGGCAAACAAAACAUGGACCAUGAAAAACCAAGUCCAAGGACACCGAAACCAGGGGUCCAACAAAAUCCAGGGGUGCAUCAGAAACCAGGGACACUGUUGGGACUUCCAGAAGAUCCUCCUGUUUAUCUGUAUUUAUGAUUACCUUGAGCUAGUUUUAAAAGCUUUUGAUUUAAUCUGACAUCCUUGCUCAUUCUGAUCUCACUUUGUAACAUAAAGCAAGAAUGUAGAACCAUUUUAAGGACAUAAUAUCACUACGUACUUUAUUCUACAAAUGUAUCCGUAGCAAUUAGACUACAUAGUGACGUAGUAUGAAUAUAAACUUGUUUAGCUGAAUUUUACGUACGUUUUCUCAGCUUUUUAAAUUUUUUUGGCACAAUGUAUUCUGACGCCCAAAUUCAAAAUCCUUUGGCAUGAGCUACACCAACGAUGUAUGUAAACCCUGGAUUGCUGAUGCUAUGUAUUGUCCUUUAAGAGGCUUUGAAGACACUGGUUGGCCUUGUUGGCACUCCCCACUAGGAGUAGUCCUCCAUAGGAAUGACUGGACUUCUACAGUAUUUUAAUUAAAUGUGUUUUGGUGUUGUUGUAGUGAGGACAGUAACAUUAGUACUCUAAAAUACUUUAAGGAAAUUGUAUUUUUGCCUGUACCAUUGUAUGUGUAGGUUAGGUUUUGAAUUAAAACAACUGUUCAGCAAACCGAGGAUUUAGUGGGUUAGGCUAUUCCUGGUAGAAGUGCGGUGUGAAUG